AUGACUCGUACUGUCACGAGAAACAGCGAGGGUGUUCCCACAUACUGGGGCCGCUCUGGCAGAGCCCUUCAGAUGCUCAUCACCACCGUCGCCACCACCGAUUUCCUCCUCUUCGGUUAUGACCAGGGUGUCAUGUCUGGUAUCAUUGAGGGUGAAGCUUUCCUCGAUGCCUUCCCCGAGGCCGGUUACAACAGCAGCUGGCAAGGUUUCAUUGUCUCCAUCUACGCUGUCGGCUGUCUUUGUGGUGCUAUCUUCAUUCUCAAGUUCGGCGACAAACUUGGCCGUCGUAAGGCUAUCUUUAUGGGCGGUAUCACCAUGAUCAUUGGUGUUGUCAUUCAAAUCGCUUGUGUCGGCACCAGUGCGGGAAGUACAGCACAAUUCAUCGUUGGACGUUUCAUCACAGGUGCCCACAACAGAGGCAAAGUCAUUUGUAUCGAGGGUGGCAACGUCGCUGUCGGCACGCUGAUCGCUUACUGGAUUGAUUACGGUUGCAGCUACGGUCCCGCCGACCUUACAUGGCGCUUCCCCAUUGCUUUCCAGAUCGUCUUCGCUCUCAUCGUCCUUAUUAUCAUGACAAGACUACCCGAAUCUCCUAGAUGGCUUCUUUCGCACGACCGUCAAGACGAAGCUACAGUCAUUCUGGCAGCUCUCAACGCUAAGCCUGCAGAUGAUCCCGAAGUUAAGAUCGAGGCUGGCGUCAUUCUCGAUUCCAUCAAGGCUGCUGGCGGAUUUGGUGAGAAGACUUCUUUCAAGGUUCUUUUCACUGGUGGCAAGACUCAGCACUUCCGCCGCAUGAUGCUCGGUGCUAGCUCUCAGUUCAUGCAACAACUGUCUGGCUGCAACGCUGUCAUCUACUACUUCCCUGUCCUGUUCCGCGACUCUAUCGGCACCAGUCAGAACCUUUCGCUCCUGCUCGGCGGUAUCAACAUGGUUGUGUACGCACUCUUCGCGACCACUUCCAUGUUCCUUGUCGAACGUGUUGGACGUCGCAAGCUCUACCUCUACGGUACUGUCGGCCAGUGCUUGUCCAUGGUCCUUGUGUUCGCCUGCCUCAUUCCCGGUGAUCCUAACUCCGCUAAGGGUGCCGCCGUUGGUCUCUUUACCUACAUCGCCUUCUUCGGUGCCACCUGGCUUCCUCUGCCCUGGCUCUACCCUGCCGAGAUCAACCCUCUCAAGACUCGUGCAAAGGCCAAUGCUUUCUCUACCGUCAACAACUGGUUGUGGAACUUCUUCAUCGUAAUGAUCACUCCUGUGCUCAUUUCCAGCAUUCAUUGGGGUACCUACCUCUUCUUCGCCAUUCUGAACGCUUCAUUCUUCCCUGUUAUCUACUUCCUNUUUCCGGAAACUUCGGGAAGAACCCUGGAAGAGAUCGAUCUCAUCUUUGCAAAGGGUUAUCUCGAGAAGAUGAACUACGUUACCGCCGCCAAGGAACUUCCUCACAUGACUCCCGACGAAAUCGACGCUAAGUCUCGUGAGUACGGUUUCCAGUCCUCUGACGACGAGGCCGGUCAAGUCAAGGAUGCUCGCUUUGGCGAGAAGGAAGAAGACCUCGCCUACAACGGCGGUGGCCAGAUGGCCUAA